UUAUGGCAAAUUAUUAUGUUUGUCUUUAGGUCAAGGUAGCUCCUUGUUGUCAGAUUCUGAAUGUGUUCUGGCGAAUACCACCUCGCUAUUAUGAAGCUUCUGAAGAAAUUACAGAACUGUUAAGCAUAAAAGCACCUAAAAUUAGGUCAGAACUCAUCAGCCGAAAUGUGAUAGGACGAGUGCCUCGAAUCUUUUUUAUCCGAGAUAUUUCAAAUGCCCAGUCUGCUGCUAUAGAAGAGGCACUGCAGAAUAUUGAUUUGGAACCAAAAGAUAGUCCCGAGAUAGUACCAGAUGACUCUUUUCUAGAAAAUAUAUAUUCUUUCAAAACACCCAAGAUGGAGAAAGUUGAAGAAAAAGCUUCUGAAAACAAUAUUUCUAAGAAAUCUAAUUCUGUACCACAAAAUCCUACUGAUAUGAAAUCUAAUGUCUUUGGCCUUCAGCAUGACAUUUUAAUGGAUAGAGUUAUUGCUUCAAAGAAAAAAUCCAAAUUUCCUACUCUUCCAACUGCAGUGGUUUCAACAGAAAACUUUCCCAAUAAUGAUUUAUUCAGCAAAAUCCCAGGUACUGCAUUUCAAGCAGAUAUUGACCGUAAAAAUCUAAUAAAGCAGUUUCAUAUAGAGAGAAAAGUACUUAAAAAACAUUUUGAAAACAAAGAUGAAAACCCCCUGCAUUUUCAGGCUGAAGAUGAUUGUGAUAUACCUGAAGAAGAUCAUAGAGAUGAAGAUUUUAUUGAAGAAGAAACUUCUGAUAGACUUUGAAAUAAAUUUCUUUACUGAAAAUUAUUCAGUUUAAGAAAAUUUCUUGAAGGAGACAAAAUGUGAAGAAAAUGAGAAAAAAAAAAUGAAGAAUGAUCCAUUUCAAGUAAUAGUGGAUUACAAUGAUGUAUCUGAAAUUAAAAUCUUUAUACCAUGAAGCUUUUAGUAUUUUUAAAAAAACAUAAAUAAAGGAAGUUACAUUUGGCUCCGCUGCAGAACUAAUGCCAGAUGGCCCUGUAGCAGAGCCAAUGGAGCACUAAAGCUUAAUUGAAUUGAUUCAACUAAUUGAAAUGGCAAAUAUAAAAAAGAGGAUAUGUGGCAAAAGCCAAAUUUUACAGGAGCAGCAAAAAAACUCUCUCACUAAUCACAAAAAUGUUCGAAGUAAACAACAAAAAAUUAUGAGAUUCACAUAACUAGGAUCCCUGUAAUUUAAUUGCUCGUGGGCUCUUAAAAAAAAAAAAAAAAAAAAAAAAAAA